AUGGGUCAGCUGCCCCUGUGCCAGCCAGUAAUGCUGCCGCUUCUGCUGCUCCUGGUACCCGGACUCCUGCCCUGCGCAGGUGAGUGCUCCUUGAAGUCACAUGUGCACCGACGUGGGCUCAUAGAACUGGCAGGGACCGUGCACUGUGUUGGCCCCCGAGGCCCCCUGGCCUAUAUUAGAUACGGCUGCUAUUGUGGCCUGGGUGGCCGAGGCAAGCCCCGGGAUGCCAUGGACCGGUGCUGUCACCGUCACGAUUGCUGCUACCGGCAUGCCAGUGAGGAGGCUGGCUGCCUACCCAAGCUGCAGCCCUACCCUUGGACAUGCAACAAUCAGCGCAUUGAAUGUGGACCGACAGAGGAUGAAUGUCAAGAACUCUUGUGCAAGUGUGACCAGGAGCUUGCUUACUGCUUAGCCCAAACCGAGUACCAUUUAAAGUACCUCUUCUAUCCACGUUUCUUAUGUGGGCACGACCCGCUCAAAUGUGACUGACUAGUUUGACUUGAAAUGUUUCGUACAAGGAAAUAAAACUCUUUUUUUCACUAACCAACAGCCAUAUUCAGUUCAUAUUCAGAGGGGAACUGAGUUAAAGUGUUAAAGGUGCAACCUGUGUUUGUUCUCCCUCCCUCUCCAAACCUGGGGCUGGAGCCUGUUUGGCUGCCAGUUUGACUAAGGUCAAAACCCCAUGCCUAUUUACAAAACCAUGACGGUGUUUAUGACUGUAUUGGGUCUGGUACCAUGUUUGAGGUUCGACCUUUAUGAAAAGGCUGAGCUUGUCUUCUAACCUGCUCUUGAUGAACAAACACCUGCUAAGUGCUGGCCUUGUUCUAAGUCCUGGGUUGAGGCAAUAAAUAAGAUGACCACAUGACACCAUCCACCCUUGUGAAGUUCAGGUCUAGUAAUUGUUAGCUCAAGAAAGAGUAUUCUUGCCCAUCCUACUCCACCUUUUUAAAAAAAAUCCUCACCUGAGGAUAUUUUUCCCCCCAUUGAUUUCUAGAGAGAGUGGAAGUGAGGGAGGAGGUGGAGAGAGAAACAUUGACAUGAGAGACACAUUCAUUGGCUGUCUCCUGCAUGGGCUCCUACCUGUGCUGGGGAACUUGCAACCAAGGUACAAGGUACAUGCCCUUGACUGGGAAUCAAACCCAGAACCUUUUAGUCACAGACCAAUGCUCUAACCACUGAGCAACCAACCAGGACCAUCCUACUCCACCUUUACUAGUUAAAAUUUAUUUCCUGAUUACAAAAGUAUUAUAUACUCACUGCUUUUUUAAAAAGGCAAAUACAGAGAAAUAUAAAGGAGAAAAGAAAUGAUCCCAUUUCCCACAAACCAUAAUAACCACUUUUAGCAUUUUAGUUGGUUGUCCAUCAGUCUUUUCUGUAAUUUAAAAAACUGUAGUUGAGUCCUGGCUGGUGUGGCUCAGUUAGUUGGGGAUCAUUCCAUGCAUGGAAAUUGCUGGUUCAAUUCCUGGUCAGAGCACAUCCCCAGGUUGUGGGCUUGAUCGCUGUUUCUCUCUCCCUUCCUCUCUCUAAAAAUCAACAAACUAUUCUUCUUUAAAAUGUAGUUGAAACUCUUGUUUUUCAUAAGCUUUUUUCCAUAUUUGGAAACUCCAUUUUUGUUGUUAAUUUCACCCAAGAAAAUAUUUUUUCCCCAUUGAUUUUUCAGAGAA